CAGAUCUAACCAUUUUGAUUUUAUAACGCAGAAAAACGUGAAACAACCACCGCCUAACGCCGUCGUAAGAGAGUGGCGCGUUUCUCUGAUCUGUUGCCAGUGUCGCAAUGCCGAGAGUUUCUGCGAUUUUUCUAGUAUAUGGCUUAUUUCUCAGCUUCUUUUCAGGAUUAUUGUUAUCGGCGGUGGUGACUUUGGAUUCGAUUGAGAUAUACACAACCCAUGAGUUGUUGAAAUCGGUGAAGCCAGAGGUGUAUUUUCAAUGCAAAGGGGAGAACCGAACCGAUUUUCCGGACGUGAAGAAGGCGAACGAAUUGUAUAAAUUCAGAGGCGAAGAGUCUUGGCAGCCUCUAACAGAACUUUCUGAGAAGAAAUGCAAGCGUUGUGGAUUGUAUGAGAGGGAUGUGUUAAAAUCGGAUGACAUAUUUGAGGAGUGGGAGUUUUGUCCUUCUGAAUUCAAUUCUGAUGGAAAAUACAUCAAAUUCAAGGACAAGGAAGUGAAUGCUACUUUCUCUUGUCCACAGUGUAUACCAUUUGCUACUGCAACCAAAUUGAGCUCUGAGUCGCAUAAAGGAGGAAAAGGAGUGCAUGUUGCUCUGGUAAUACUGAUCAGUGCUGUUGUUUCCACUGUAUUAGUUCUUGGAUUGUUAGCUGUAUACAAGUAUUGGCAAAAGAAAAAGAGACAGCAAGAUCAAGCUCGGUUCUUGAAGCUGUUUGAAGAUGGGGAUGACAUUGAGGAUGAAUUGGGUUUUGGAAUGUAAUAUGAUUGGUAAGAAUAGCUUGGUUUAAAUUGUAAGUUGAUCUUACAGAAAUUUUGUUACUGUGAAGAGAAAAAAAGGAAAAAAAAUUAUUACAUUAUUCUAUA